AUGAUUGUUGCAGCAACAAUGUUUGUGGGGGUAGAGGAAGUGGUCGGUUGGUGGUUGACAAUGGUAGUAGUGAUGGAGACGAACGGUGAUGAUGGGUGGCUGACGGAGGUUAUGGAGUCUUUCAUAGUGAAUACUCGGAGUAGACGGGAUACCUCUCCCGAAGGUCAUGCGGUUCCCCAAGUCGACCUUGCCACCACUAACCCCAUAAUGGAAGAAGAAACCCCGGAAUCAAGAAUGUUGGGCACUGUGAUGAACGCCAUGAACAGAGCUAUGACCCAACAACAAGAGUUCUUUAUGAAGUUAUUGGAGGAUAGGGAUACUAGCAACCGUAAGCACGAAGCAGUGGCCGAGAAUAUGACUAUUGGAGGAUCUGGAGGUACCGGAGAUGGAACCCCAACCCAAGAGUUAGCAACAAUUGAAGCAAGACAAGUGAGUAGGGUCUGCUCCUACAAGACGUUUCUGAGUUGCAAGCCGCCGGAAUUUGUAGGGUCUGAUGAUCCAGUAGCGUGCAUGAACUGGCUUCGAGAGAUCGAACAGGCCUUCAGGGCUUGUGACUGUGAUGAAGGACAAAAGACAAGAUUUGGCUCUCAAAUGCUAAGGGGUACAGCCCUUACCUGGUGGAACAUUGUCAUAUCAACCUUAGAGACUACGGAGUUGGCCAAGAUGAGUUGGGUCACGUUUAAGGAAAAAGUACUGGAGGAAUUUUGCAACGAGCAAGAGAUGGAUCGCAUUGAGGAAGAAUUCCGAACCCUCAAGAAAGGGAAUAUGUCGGUGAGAGACUACACGCGUUAUUUUUUGGAAAAGUUGAACUUGGUGGGGCACGUGGCCCCAACGGAGAAAGAUAAAAUGAAAGCCUACCUUAAAGGGCUACCUGCUGACAUGAUGAUUAUGGUUAGGAAUUCAAGAGCAUCCACCCUCAGGGAGACAAUCGAAGAAGCCAAGGUCUUGGAAUCAGUCUACGCCAAAAGAAGGGAAGAAAGGAUGUCGAGUGGGGAGAAGAGGAGGUGGGAAGGGCCUUACGCACCAUCCAAAAAGCCAAACUACUUUGGCAACAGCAAUCGCGGAACCCAUCUCAAUCAAGAGGCAAGAUGGUGUCCCAAGUGUCGCAGCAAACAUCACGGCCCGUGUAACACCCACCCUACCCCCACCAAAUGCUUUAAGUGUGGGAAGUCAGGCCACACACGAAACGAGUGUCAAAGCAAAGGACCCACAUGUUUUGGAUGCGGAGGACUAGGUCACUUCAAGAGUGAUUGCCCGAAGUUGAGGGCGGGAGGGGGUCAGACAAGGAAAGAAGAUACCCCAAGAGCAGCCGGCCGAGCCUUUCAAAUGACAGCGGAAGAAGCUAAAGCAUCGACGGAUGUAGUGUCAGGUACGUUCCUUGUUAACUCAGUACCUGCUCACGUACUUUUUGAUUCAGGUGCUUCAUGUUCCUUUGUGUCCACGACUUUCUAUCAACACUUGCUUACGCCACUUAGUACACUAGAAGAUGCAUUGAUCAUAGAGAUAGCAAAUGGUAGUCAAGUUUUGGUGCGCGAAAUUGUUAGAAGUUGUGUCUUGGGGAUUGAAGGAAAAGAAUUUCGAGUGGACCUUAUACCCAUGGCUAUAGGCGGAUUCGAUAUCAUAAUCGGGAUGGAUUGGCUAGCUAAGAACCAAGCGGAAAUUUUGUGCUCUAAGAAAUUGAUUCGAAUUCCUUUAUCGGACGGGGACGUAUUGCUAGUUUAUGGAGAAAGAAGGAAAGGAGAUGUAGCACUCUUAUCCAUGGCAAAGGCGCGUAAGUGCUUAGCUAAGGGGUGUCCCUCAUUCAUUGCAUACGUGUUGGAUACCAAACUAGAGAAAAGAAGGGUUGAAGAUGUGAAAGUGGUCAAUGAAUUUCUCGACGUAUUUCCUGAAGACUUACCCGGUUUACCACCCGAGAGACAGGUGGAAUUCCACAUUAACCUUAUUCCGGGAACCACUCCUAUUGCUAGAGCCCCUUACCGUUUAGCCCCUUCCGAAAUGCAAGAAUUGAUGUCUCAAUUGCAAGACCUUCUUGAGAAAGGAUUUGUUAGGCCGAGUUCGUCACCGUGGGGAGCCCCAGUUUUGUUUGUAAAAAAGAAGGACGGCACCAUGCGGAUGUGUAUUGAUUACAGAGAACUCAAUAAGGCAACCGUGAAGAACAAGUAUCCUCUUCCCAGAAUCGACGAUCUUUUUGACCAGCUUCAAGGAGCAUGUUGCUUCUCAAAGAUCGACCUUCGUUCGGGGUAUCAUCAGGUGCGAGUGAAGGAAGACGAUGUGAUGAAAACUGCUUUUAGAACCCGUUACGGGCACUAUGAAUUCUUGGUCAUGCCUUUCGGUUUGACUAAUGCACCGGCGAUAUUCAUGGACUUGAUGAACCGAGUGUGCCGACCCUUCCUUGAUAAGUCGGUGAUAGUGUUUAUUGACGACAUACUCGUCUAUUCCAAGGACGAGUCGGAUCAUGARCAACACCUUCGAGAAGUUCUCGAAGUGCUAAGAAAAGAGAAAUUGUAUGCAAAAUUCUCCAAGUGCGACUUCUGGUUAAAAGAGGUCCAAUUCUUGGGUCACGUGGUCACUCGAGACGGAGUGAAGGUAGACCCAUCCAAAAUUGAGGCAAUGAUGAACUGGGAACCACCAAAGARCCCAUCGGAGAUUCGAACGUUGACUAGGAAGAAUGUGAAGUUUAUCUGGACAGAGAAACAAGAAAAUGCUUUUAGAACUCUCCAAAGGAAGCUAUGUGAAGCCCCGAUCCUCUCCUUGCCAGAAGGAUYCGAGGAUUUUGUAGUCUUUAGUGACGCUUCAAAAAUGGGGUUGGGUUGCGUCUUAAUGCAAAGAGGAAGGGUGAUAGCAUACGCAUCAAGACAACUCAAGGAWCACGAGAAGAAUUAUCCCACCCACGACUUGGAGUUAGCAGCAGUGGUGUUCGCCUUAAAGAUUUGGCGACAUUACCUCUAUGGUACCAAGUGCACGCUUUUCACUGAUCAUAAAAGUUUGAAGUACAUUUUCGAUCAAAAAGAACUAAACAUGAGGCAACGGCGUUGGCUCGAACUACUCAAAGACUACGAUUGUGAGUUGCUGUACCACCCGGGKAAGGCGAAUGUUGUGGCGGAUGCUUUGAGCCGAAARGAGUACGGUAGURGGACGAAAGCCGUUCUUACCAGGAUUGAUGUAAUGUCCAGUCURAUCGAUCGAAUCARGGUGGCRCAGUCUGAAGCACUUUUGGAGAAAAACCUCAAGAGCGAGGUUAUGGUGAAACAACACUUACUUCUUACGGAGGAUGUGAAAGCAGAGCACCAACGACCCUAUGGAAGCCUCCAAUCCUUGGAGAUUCCCGAGUGGAAGUGGGAACAUAUUACGAUGGACUUCGUGACCAAACUGCCGAAGACCCUAAGAAACCACGACACGAUUUGGGUAGUGGUUGAUCGGCUGACAAAGAGCGCUCACUUCUUGGCAAUGCGUGAGACGUUGCCUAUGGAGAAGCUUGCUAAGUUAUACAUCGACGAAGUGGUCUCAAGACAUGGUAUACCGUUGUCAAUAGUAUCGGACCGAGAUAGCCGAUUCACAUCCCAUUUCUGGAGCGGCUUACAGAAAGAGUUGGGAACAAGGGUGAAGUUGAGUACUGCUUACCAUCCUCAAACUGAUGGUCAGAGCGAGCGGACCAUUCAAACCCUCGAAGAUAUGCUCAGAUCAUGUGUUAUCGACUUUGACGGGAAUUGGGAUUCUCACCUACCCCUUGUGGAGUUCGCCUACAACAAUAGUUACCAUUCUAGUAUCGGGAUGGCGCCUUUCGAAGCUUUGUAUGGUCGAAAAUGUAGGACCCCUGUGUGUUGGCUUGAGGCGGGUGAGAAACAGUUCGCCGGUCCUGAGAUCGUGCAAGAUACGGCCGAUAAGGUGAAGUGUAUUCGGGAACGUUUAAAGGCGGCGCAAGAUCGCCAAAAGAGUUAUGCAGACAAGAGGACCCGACCUAUAGAAUUCCUAGUGGGCGACCGUGUUAUGCUUAAGGUAUCCCCUUGGAAAGGCAUUAUCCGUUUUGGAAAGCGCGGGAAGCUCAGCCCCCGUUUUCUCGGACCAUUUAAAGUUUUGGCUCGUGUGGGACUUCAAGCUUACAGAUUGGAACUACCACCUGAAAUGGCCGGAAUUCACCACACAUUUCAUGUAUGCUACCUUCGUAAGUGCUUGGCAGAAGAAGAUAGUGUGAUACCACUUUCAGAAAUUCGUGUGGAUGAGAACAACCGAUGUGUGGAAGAACCAGAAGCCAUAUUGGAAAGUAAGACCAAGGUGUUGAGGCACAAGGAAGUUGUAAUGAUUAAGGUGAAAUGGAAGCAUCAUCGAGGGUCAAACGUGACAUGGGAAGCGGAAGAGGACAUGAAGAGGCGUUACCCUCGCCUAUUCGCGUGA